CCGCACCGCCCGGCCGCGGCCGCCGCGCCGCGUAACGCCCCGAGCCGAGCCCUGCUCGCGGAGAGGCAGGAUUCAGCGGAGGGAGGACAGCCAGGAGCGCCGGACCGCCCGCAGCCGCUCCCCGCGCCGGCGCAGCGGCACCGCUGCCCCUCGUGAGAGAGCAGCUUUGGUGUUGAAGAGAAACCUCUGAAAGGAAUGGGCCCUGUUCUCUUGAAGCUGUUUGCCCUGAUCCCAGGAAUGCUGUAGAGGAUACAAGGGAGCUUCCAAAAGUCAGCCAAGAUGAAUAUGGUGAAGAGGAUCAUGGGCCGGCCCCGGCAGGAAGACUGCAGCCCCCAGGACAACGCGCUGGGCCUGAUGCAUCUGAGGCGCCUCUUCACAGAGCUUUGUCAUCCUCCACGGCACAUGACCCAGAAAGAGCAGGAAGAAAAGCUUUACAUGAUGUUACCUGUGUUCAACAGGGUGUUUGGAAAUGCUCCUCCAAGUACUAUGACAGAAAAAUUUUCUGACCUCCUGCAGUUUACUACUCAAGUGUCACGAUUGAUGGUGACUGAAAUUCGACGGAGAGCAUCAAAUAAAUCCACAGAGGCUGCAAGUCGUGCCAUAGUCCAGUUUCUGGAGGUCAAUCAAAGUGAAGAAGCAAGUAGAGGUUGGAUGCUGCUCACCACAAUCAAUUUACUAGCUUCAUCAGGACAGAAAACUGUGGACUGCAUGACUACAAUGUCAGUGCCUUCCACACUUGUUAAAUGUCUGUAUCUGUUUUUUGACCUUCCACACGUGCCUGAGGUAGUUGGAGGAGCACAGAAUGAACUACCUCUCGCAGAGCGCCGAGCGCUACUACAGAAAGUCUUUGUACAGAUCCUAGUAAAAUUGUGCAGUUUUGUGUCCCCGGCAGAAGAACUGGCUCAGAAGGAUGAUCUCCAGCUUCUAUUCAGUGCAAUAACCUCAUGGUGCCCUCCCUAUAACCUGCCUUGGAGGAAGAGUGCAGGAGAAGUACUAAUGACCAUAUCUCGUCAUGGCCUUAGUGUCAAUGUAGUGAAAUACAUCCAUGAAAAGGAAUGUUUGUCCACAUGUGUCCAGAACAUGCAGCAGUCUGAUGACCUUUCUCCCCUAGAAAUAGUUGAGAUGUUUGCUGGACUUUCUUGUUUUCUCAAAGACUCCAGUGAUGUAUCCCAAACAUUGUUGGAUGAUUUUAGGAUAUGGCAAGGAUACAACUUCCUCUGUGACCUCCUCCUCAGAUUAGAACAGGCAAAAGAAGCUGAAUCUAAGGAUGCUUUGAAAGAUUUAGUUAAUUUGAUAACUUCCUUAACAACAUACGGUGUCAAUGAAUUAAAGCCAGCUGGUGUUACCACUGGAGUACCUUUCCUGCUACCUGGAUUUGCAGUCCCACAACCUGCAGGCAAAGGUCAUAGUGUGAGGAAUAUUCAAGCAUUUUCUGUACUCCAGAAUGCAUUUUUGAGAGCAAAAACCAACUAUCUAGCACAAAUCAUCCUUGAUGCCAUCACGAAUAUUUAUAUGGCGGACAAUGCCAACUACUUCAUUUUGGAAUCGCAGCACACAUUGUCUCAGUUUGCAGAGAAAAUUCCUAAACUUCCAGAAGUGCAGACCAAAUACUUUGAGAUGCUGGAGUUGGUUGUCUUCAGCUUGAAUUACAUACCCUGUAAAGAACUGAUCAGUGUGAGCAUCCUUUUAAAAUCCAGCACUUCUUUUCAGUGUAGCAUCAUUGCCAUGAAGACACUCUUGAAGUUCACCCGUCAUGAUUACAUCUUCAAGGAUGUCUUCAGGGAAGUGGGGCUUCUGGAGGUGAUGGUAAAUCUUCUUCAUAAAUAUGCAGCCCUUUUGAAAGAUCCUGCUCAAGCACUGAAUGAUCAAGUGGAUUCAAGAAACAGUUCAUUUGAGGACCAAAAGCAGCUGGCUUUAUUGGUUAUGGAGACCCUAACAGUACUACUACAAGGAUCAAACACAAAUGCAGGCAUUUUCAGGGAGUUUGGUGGUGCCAGGUGCGUGCACAAUAUUGUGAAGUAUCCGCAGUGCCGCCAGCACGCCCUGAUGAUCAUCCAGCAGCUGGUAUUGUCACCCAGUGGAGAGGAUGACAUGGGCACCCUGCUGGGGCUGAUGCACUCAGCCCCACCUACAGAGCUACAACUCAAAACUGACAUCCUAAGGGCCCUACUCUUGGUACUUAGAGAGAGUCACCGCACAAGAACUGUUUUCAGGAAAGUUGGUGGAUUUGUAUAUGUCACAUCUUUACUUGUUGCCAUGGAAAGAUCUUUGUGCUCACCACCUAAGAAUGGCUGGGAAAAAGUAAACCAGAACCAAGUGUUUGAACUGCUUCACACUGUGUUCUGCACAUUGACUGCAGCAAUGCGCUAUGAGCCAGCCAACUCUCACUUCUUCAAGACAGAGAUCCAGUAUGAAAAACUGGCAGAUGCUGUUCGAUUACUUGGCUGCUUCUCAGACUUGAGGAAAAUAAGUCCCUUGAAUGUCUUCCCUUCAAAUACACAACUGUUUCAAAGACUUUUGGACGAUGACCUAAUAUCCCUGGAUUCUGUGUCACCCACUCUAAGGCACUGCAGCAAACUUUUUAUUUACCUCUACAAGGUAGCAACAGAUUCUUUUGACAGUCAUGCAGAACAGAUCCCUCCUUGCCUGACAAAUGAGACUUCUCUCCCCUCUCCUUGGGGUACGCCAGCUUUGUCCAGGAAAAGGCAUGCAUAUCAUUCUGUUUCAACACCCCCUGUUUGCCCUCAGAAAAACAUAGCUGAUGUGAAACUCCAAACAGGAUCCACGUCCAUACAAAGCUCUGAUGCAGUCAUCAUUCACCCUGGUGCUAUGCUUGCAAUGCUGGAUCUUCUGGCCUCUGUUGGAUCAGCUACACACCCAGAGCAUGCACUGGAUCUCCAGCUGGCAGUGGCCAACAUCCUGCAAUCUCUGGUGCAUACAGAGAGAAACCAGCAAGUCAUGUGUGAAGCUGGGCUCCACGCACGACUUCUGCAAAGAUGCAGCGCUGCUCUGGCAGAUGAGGACCACUCCUUGCAUCCACCACUCCAAAGGAUGUUUGAAAGGCUGGCCUCCCAGGCUCUGCAGCCAAUGGUGUUGAGGGAAUUUUUACGCUUGGGAAAUCCUUUGAAUUGCGGAGCCUGGGACAAAAAGUUGUUGAAACAGUACCGAGUGCACAAACCCAGCUCACUGAGUUUUGAACCAGAAAUGAGAAAUAGCAUGGUCACCUCCAUGGAAGGUCUGGGUCCUGACAGCGUCUUCAGUGUGCACGAGGACAGCCACUAUCGCAUAAGCAAGAGCCUGCUCAAGCCAGCAGAAGGGAGCACAGUGCCCCUGACCAGAGUCAAGUGUUUGGUCUCCAUGACAACCCCACAUGAUAUCAGGCUUCACGGAUCAUCGGUUACGCCAGCGUUCAUCGAGUUUGACACAUCUCUGGAAGGGUUUGGCUGCCUGUUCUUGCCAAGUCUGGCUCCCCACAAUGCACCUACAAAUAAUGCUGUUACUACAGGACUCGUUGAUGGUGCCGUUGUGAGCGGAAUUGGAACUGGUGAAAGGUUUUUCCCACCACCAUCUGGUUUAAGCUACUCAACUUGGUUUUGCAUUGAACAUUUUAGUACACCUCCCAAUAACCAUCCUGUGAGACUCCUCACUGUAGUGCGGCGUGCAAACUCCUCGGAGCAGCAUUACGUCUGCCUUGCCAUUGUCCUCUCAGCAAAAGACCGCUCAUUGAUUGUUUCAACUAAAGAAGAAUUGCUUCAGAAUUAUGUUGAUGACUUCAGUGAGGAAUCAUCAUUUUAUGAAAUUCUUCCCUGUUGUGCCCGUUUUCGCUGCGGUGACCUCAUUGUGGAGGGCCAGUGGCAUCACCUAGUUCUGGUCAUGAGUAAAGGCAUGCUGAAGAACAGUACAGCUGCACUCUACCUCGAUGGACAGCUUGUUAACAUUGUUAAGCUUCACUACAUCCAUAGCAGCCCCAGUGGCUCUGGCUCUGCCAACCCCCCUGUGGUCAGCACAGUGUACGCCUACAUCGGCACGCCACCCGCACAGCGCCAGCUCUCCUCCCUGGUGUGGCGCCUGGGCCCCACGCACUUCCUGGAGGAAGUGCUGCCUGCCCCAGGGGUCAGCACCAUUUACGAGCUGGGACCAAAUUACGUUGGGAGCUUCCAAGCAGUUUAUGUUCCAUGUAAAGAUUCCAAGUCUGAAGGAAUCAAUCCAUCACCAGUAUCUUUGGUACCAGAAGAGAAGGUCUCCUUUGGUCUCUAUGCACUGUCAGUUUCUUCAUUUACUGUGGCAAAAAUAAGGAAAGUUUACAACAAGUUGGAUAGUAAAGCUAUUGCCAAACAGCUGGCAAUUUCUUCUCAUGAAAAUGCCACACCUGUGAAGCUGCUACAUAACUCAGCAGGGCAUUUGAAUGGACCAGCACGCUCCCUUGGUGCAGCUUUGAUAGGGUAUUUGGGAGUAAGAACAUUUGUCCCCAAACCUGUUGCCACUACACUACAGUACAUUGGUGGGGCUGCUGCUAUUUUGGGACUUGUAGCCAUGGCAUCAGAUGUGGAAGGGCUGUAUGCAGCUGUGAAAGCCUUGGUCUGUGUAGUAAAGAGCAAUCCACUGGCCAGCAAAGAGAUGGAAAGAAUCAAAGGUUAUCAGCUGCUGGCAAUGCUGUUAAAGAAGAAACGGUCCCUGCUGAACAGCCACAUACUCCACCUGACCUUUUCCUUGGUGGGAACUGUUGACAGCGGCCACGAGACAUCCAUUAUCCCAAAUUCUGCUGCCUUCCAGGACCUGCUAUGUGAUUUUGAAGUCUGGCUUCAUGCACCCUAUGAGCUUCAUCUGUCAUUAUUUGAGCACUUCAUUGAACUCCUCACUGAGUCAAGUGAAGCAGCAAAGAAUGCCAAGUUAAUGAGGGAAUUCCAGCUCAUCCCAAGACUGCUGUUGACUCUUCGAGACAUGUCCCUGUCUCAGCCCACUAUUGCUGCAAUUAGCAAUGUGCUGAGCUUUCUACUUCAGGGCUUCCCCAGCAGCUAUGACCUACUCAGGUUUGGACAGUUCAUCUCUUCCACUUUACCUACAUUUGCAGUCUGUGAGAAGUUUGUGGUCAUGGAAAGAAACAAUGAAGAAAAGCUAGAUAGUGGAACAGAGGAUGAUUUUGGAGGACUUGUUUCAGCUAAUCUUAUUCUACUGCGGAACAGGCUUUUAGAUAUCCUUCUGAAACUUCUAUAUACAUCUAAAGAAAAGACAACUGUUAAUUUGCAGGCUUGUGAAGAGCUGGUCAAGACACUGGGUUUCGAUUGGAUUAUGAUGUUUAUGGAAGAACAUCUUCAUUCCACCACAGUCACAGCAGCCAUGCGAAUUCUCGUGGUCCUGUUGAGUAAUCAGUCCAUCCUUAUGAAGUUUAAGGAGGGUCUCAGUGGCGGAGGCUGGCUGGAUCAGACGGAUUCUGUCCUGACCAAUAAGAUUGGUACUGUGUUAGGGUUCAAUGUCGGCCGGAGUGCUGGUGGCAGAUCGACAGUGCGGGAGAUUAACCGGGAUGCUUGUCACUUCCCAGGCUUCCCUGUUCUGCAGUCCCUUCUCCCAAAGCAUACUAAUGUGCCUGCACUCUAUUUUCUCCUCAUGGCUCUUUUCCUGCAGCAGCCAGUCACUGAACUGCCUGAAAACCUGCAGUUUGAUUUAGAUUCCAUUUGGACAUUCAUAUUUGGAGUUCCUGCCUCCUGUGGCACUGUUACCUCCUCAAUUCACAGUGUUUGCACAGAAGCGGCCUUCUUGUUACUGGGAAUGCUGAGGAGCAUGCUGAAUUCUCCCUGGCAGUCAGAGGAAGAAGGCUCUUGGCUUCGGGAAUACCCAGUCACCCUGAUGCAGUUCUUUCGGUAUUUAUAUCACAAUGUACCAGACCUCAUUUCCUUGUGGAUGAGUCCAGAGUUCCUGUGUGCGCUGGCAGCAACAGUGUUUCCUUUCAACAUCCGACCAUACUCUGAGAUGAGAUUUUUGGGAAACCGGCUUACCCAUAACUGCACUCUGAUGAAGGUCACUGAUCUCGAUGAUGAGGCUGGGUCCCCAGCUGAAGAGUUUAAAGCCUUUGCAGCUGAUUCUGGCAUGAACAGAAGCCAGUCAGAAUACUGCAACGUGGGCACCAAGACCUACCUGACCAACCACCCUGCCAAGAAGUUCGUGUUUGACUUCAUGCGUGUGAUGAUCAUUGAUAACCUGUGUCUCACACCAGCCAGCAAACAGACUCCACUGGUAGACCUUCUGCUAGAGGCUUCUCCUGAAAGAUCAACACGAACUCAGCAGAAGGAGUUUCAGACAUAUGUUUUGGAUGGAGUGAUGGACCACCUACUCGCAGCUGAUGUUUUAUUGGGUGAAGAUGCAUCUCUGCCUAUAACAAGUGGAGGAAGCUACCAAGUGCUGGUGAACAAUGUGUUUUAUUUUACACAGCGUGUGGUAGAUAAGCUUUGGCAGGGCAUGUUCAACAAAGAAUCCAAGCUUCUUGUGGACUUCAUAAUCCAGCUCAUUGCACAGUCAAAAAGAAGAUCUCAGGGACUCUCGCUGGAUGCCAUUUAUCACUGCCUGAACAGAACCAUCCUGUAUCAGUUCUCAAGAGCGCACAAAACUGUUCCUCAGCAAGUGGCUCUCCUUGAUUCCCUAAGGGUCCUUACUGUGAACAGGAACUUAAUUUUGGGACCUGGAAAUCAUGAUCAGGAGUUCAUCAGCUGCCUAGCUCACUGCUUGAUUAAUCUGCAUGUGGGAAGCAAUGUUGAUGGGUUUGGAUUGGAAGCAGAAGCCAGGAUGACAACUUGGCACAUUAUGAUCCCCUCUGAUAUAGAACCAGAUGGAGUCUACAAUCAAGAUGUCAGUGAAGGUCGACAGCUUCUUCUAAAAGCCAUAAACAGAGUGUGGACAGAGCUGAUCCACAGUAAAAAACAGGUCUUGGAAGAAGUUUUCAAAGUGACACUACCUGUCAAUGAUUGUGGCCAAGUGGAUAUAACUGUUGCCAGACCUUUCAUUGAGGAAGCGAGUUUAAAGUGUUGGCAAAAUCAUUUGGCUCAUGAGAAAAAAUGCAUCAGUAGAGGAGAGGCUUUGGUUCCAACCACACAGUCCAAACUUUCAAGAGUCAGCAGUGGAUUUGGCCUCUCUAAACUGACUGGUUCCAGGAGAAACCGCAAGGAGAGUGGACUGAGUAAACACAACCUCUCUACACAGGAAAUUUCCCAGUGGAUGUUUACUCACAUUGCAGUGGUUCGGGACCUGGUUGAUAUGCAGUAUAAAGAAUACCAGGAGCGUCAGCAGAAUGCAUUGAAAUACGUGGCUGAGGAGUGGUCUCAAAUCGAGUAUGAGUUACUGCGAGAGCGAGGGCUCUGGGGGCCCCCAAUCGGCUCCCACCUUGACAAGUGGAUGCUGGAGAUGACUGAGGGGCCCUGCAGAAUGAGGAAAAAGAUGGUGCGGAAUGACAUGUUUUAUACUCAGUAUCCCUACAUGCCCGAGGCUGAGCAGGAAACAAACUUGAUGUCUGACUUCUCAAACAGACUUCCUGAGACAUCUGAUGAUACCAUUUCUCAAAAGAAACCUGCUCGCUACCGGAGAGCCAUCAGUUAUGACAGCAAGGAGUACUACAUGCGCCUGGCUUCUGGAAACCCCACGGUCUUCCAGGACGCCAUAGAAGAGAACACAGUGGGUGAAACAGCUCCGCAGGAGCCAGAGCACGGGGAGGACACUAUCGCAAGAGUCAAAGGCCUGGUGAAGCCUCCCCUGAAACGAUCUCGCUCUGCUCCUGAUGGAGGAGACGAUGAGAACCAGGACCAGUCACAGGAUCAAAUUGUUGAGGGGAGUUCAAUUGAUGAAGAGGAGAAGACUGACAAUACAACUUUGCUUCGACUUCUUGAAGAAGGAGAGAAGAUCCAGCACAUGUACCGCUGUGCUCGGGUUCAGGGCCUUGACACCAGCGAAGGGCUGCUUCUUUUUGGGAAAGAGCAUUUCUAUGUCAUUGAUGGGUUUACCAUGACAGCCACCAGGGAGAUACGGGACAUUGAGACACUGCCUCCAAAGAUGCAUGAGCCAAUCAUACCUAGGGGAGCAAGGCAAGGUCCAAGUCAACUCAAAAGAACUUGCAGCAUUUUCGCAUAUGAAGAUAUCAAGGAAGUGCAUAAAAGGAGAUACCUUUUGCAGCCAAUUGCAAUUGAAGUUUUCUCAGGAGAUGGACGGAACUAUCUUCUAGCUUUCCAGAAAGGGGUUAGAAACAAAGUUUAUCAAAGGUUUUUGGCUGUGGUGCCAUCUCUGACCGACAGCUCGGAGUCAGUAUCUGGGCAGAGACCAAACACCAGCGUAGAGCAAGGGUCUGGCUUGCUUAGCACUUUAGUCGGAGAAAAAUCUGUUACUCAAAGAUGGGAAAGAGGAGAAAUCAGUAACUUCCAGUACCUGAUGCACUUGAACACUCUAGCCGGCAGAUCCUAUAAUGACCUCAUGCAGUACCCUGUCUUCCCCUGGAUCCUUGCAGACUAUGACUCAGAGGAACUGGAUCUUACAAAUCCCAAAACAUUUAGAAACCUGGCCAAGCCCAUGGGAGCUCAAACAGAGGACAGGUUAGCCCAGUACAAGAAGCGAUACAAGGAUUGGGAAGAUCCCAAUGGGGAAACCCCAGCUUAUCACUAUGGGACUCACUAUUCCUCAGCCAUGAUCGUGGCUUCCUAUCUUGUCCGGAUGGAGCCUUUUACUCAGAUUUUCUUACGGUUACAGGGUGGUCACUUUGACCUGGCUGACCGCAUGUUCCACAGCGUGCGCGAGGCCUGGUACUCCGCCUCCAAGCACAACAUGGCAGAUGUGAAGGAGCUCAUCCCAGAGUUCUUCUACCUCCCCGAGUUCCUGCUCAAUUCCAACAAUUUUGACCUAGGUUGUAAACAAAAUGGCACUAAACUUGGUGAUGUAAUACUCCCACCAUGGGCAAAAGGAGAUCCUCGUGAAUUUAUCAGAGUCCAUCGGGAGGCUCUGGAAUGUGACUUUGUGAGUGCUCACCUGCAUGAGUGGAUUGACUUGAUCUUUGGCUAUAAACAGCAAGGUCCUGCUGCAGUAGAAGCUGUAAAUGUAUUUCACCAUCUCUUCUAUGAGGGACAAGUGGACAUAUAUAACAUCAAUGAUCCUUUAAAAGAGACAGCUACCAUAGGAUUCAUUAAUAACUUUGGACAAAUACCAAAGCAGCUCUUCAAAAAACCUCACCCACCAAAGCGUGUUAGAAGUCGUCUGAAUGGAGAGGCUGUGGGAACCUCUGUGCCCCCUGGUUCCACAGGUGACAAGAUCUUUUUCCAUCAUUUGGACAACCUGCGGCCAUCUCUUGCCCCAGUGAAAGAGCUCAAGGAGCCUGUGGGGCAGAUCGUGUGUACUGAUAAAGGCAUUCUGGCAGUAGAACAGAACAAGGUUCUCAUCCCACCCACGUGGAAUAAAACAUUUGCCUGGGGCUAUGCAGACCUCAGCUGCAGACUGGGUACCUAUGAGUCAGACAAGGCCGUGAUUGUUUAUGAAUGCUUAUCAGAAUGGGGUCAGAUCCUGUGUGCCAUUUGCCCCAACCCCAAACUAGUUAUCACUGGAGGAACAAGCACAGCAGUGUGUGUAUGGGAAAUGGGUGUCUCUAAAGAAAAAGCUAAAGCUCUCACACUGAAACAGGCACUGCUGGGUCACACUGACACUGUCACGUGCUUAACGGCAUCGCUGGCAUAUCACAUAAUUGUGAGUGGAUCCCGGGAUCGCACCUGCAUCAUCUGGGAUCUGAACAAACUCUCCUUCCUGACACAGCUCCGAGGGCACAGGGCUCCAAUUUCUGCACUCUGUAUAAAUGAAUUAACGGGAGACAUUGUAUCAUGUGCUGGCACUUACAUCCAUGUGUGGAGCAUUAAUGGCAGCCCUACUGCAAGUGUAAACACCUUCACUGGUCGAAGCCAGCAAAUUAUGUGUUGUUUUGUGUCAGAGAUGAAUGAGUGGGACACGCAGAAUGUCAUCAUAACAGGACAUUCGGACGGAGUUGUCCGGUUCUGGCGGAUGGAGUUUUUGCAAGUGCCAGAAACACCAGCUCCAGAGCCUGUGGAGAUGCUGGAAAUGCAAGAGGACUGUCAGGAUGCUCAGAUAGGGCAGGAAGCCCAUGAAGAGGACAGCAGUGACUCCGAGGCAGACGAUGCAUGCAUAGGCCAGGAUGCAAAAGUGCAGGAGAGCCAGAGCCAACCAAGCAGCACCAGCCACAGGCCUCGGUCAUCAUCAGCCAGAGCAGCAGCAGCAUGGUCAGCAGACAGCGGCUCUGAUGACUCCAGGCGUUGGUCAGACCAGCUCAGCUUGGAUGAGAAAGAUGGAUUUAUCUUUGUCAAUUAUUCGGAGGGACAAGCCAAAAUGCAUCCCCAUGCUCAGGUUAACCACCCCCACCCCAGCUAUGGUGAAGCACGGCACUACAGCAAGCUCAAACCAGGAUACAGAUGGGAGCGUCAGCUGGUGUUCAGAAGCAAACUAACUAUGCACACGGCAUUUGAUCGCAAAGACAAUGCACACCCAGCAGAAAUCACUGCGCUUGGCAUCUCCAAGGAUCACAGCAGGAUCCUGAUCGGAGACGGCCGGGGCAGGGUGUUCAGCUGGUCGGUGAGCGAUCAGCCGGGCCGCUCCGCAGCCGACCACUGGGUGAAGGACGAGGGCGGCGACAGCUGCUCAGGCUGCACCGUGCGCUUCUCACUCACCGAGAGGCGGCACCACUGCAGGAACUGUGGACAGCUGUUCUGCCAGAAGUGCAGCCGGUUUCAGUCAGAAAUCAAACGGCUGAAGAUUUCCUCACCGGUUAGGGUGUGCCAGAACUGCUUCUACAACCUGCAGCACGAGCGAGGCUCAGAGGAGGGGCCCAGAAAUUGAUGGGGGCCUGGCAAACCUCAUCCAGCCCCACUGUCACUCCAGGAACCAGUGAGAGCAUCGGAAGGAAUCGGAAUAUUGUCUGUUUACACUUACGUUUAUACUUCAUUCUAGGCACUAAGAGUAAAAAGGGAUCAUUGCAUUGGUUUGUGUUGACAGAAGGCAGACGAGGCGAACAGCAUCAGGAGGGGAAGAGCAAGGCCCAGAAAGACACGGUUAAUAACCAGAAAUCCAAUGGAACUGGCAGCCCAUGAACCCAUGCUGGGGUAGCUGUCACAAAAAUCCUUACUUAUCCUAAACACCCCUUCUUGUCUUGUUUUUGUAGUUAGUCAUCUUAACUGGGGGGGGAGGGAGGGCAAGGCUUUUUAGAAGAUAGUUGUAAAUCUGCCUUCUUUGCAAGCAAAUGUGUAUAUUGUAAAUAGGUAUAAUGGCCUUUUUAUCUAAAUAUGAACUUAACUGCCUGUUACAUGGGACUUUAGAUUAACCACUGUACUUUGGCAUCUUUAUCUCAUUUAUCAAUUUAAAUAUGAAUGUUAAAAAAAACAAACCACAAAAACGGAAAACUCAAAGGCAUUAUGUGUAUUUCUGUUAAGAAUCCAGUCUGUGCAUGUUUGUUCUUUCAGUUCCCCACAGUAUCUUAAUUUAAGUGAGGCUAUUCAUAGAAUUACACUGAUUUUUUCAGAAGAAAACGUUUUUGAGAAUAGGACUUGGAGUAUUUUAUUCUAGCUGUAAGAUAACCAGAAACUAAAUUGUACACUUGUGUUGCAUUUUAUACCAAACUACUUACCACCUCAGUGUUGUUCAUAUUUAAUAAGGCCUCUUUUAUACAUAUGUCAGAGCUGCAGUUUUGUUAAUUACUUACUGUUCAUUAGCAGCUGAUUCAUGCAGUGCAAGAACCAGCUUUUACCUUCUUUAGUCAAUAGCAAUUGGCUUUUGCAUAUAGGUACAGAAUUAAUUUUUUGUGCAUAAAACUGAACUGCUGUAGUGUCCCAUAGCUUCUCUGCAAAAAACCUUUUUGUAACAACAGGCAUUGCUCUAAAGCAGAGUGAUCCUGGUCAUGUCAGAAAUGCUCCUCGGAGCUCUCUGUGUCUUUCAGCACACACCAUCAGCUUGAGGACAGCAGUAGCUUUCCAUUAUGGUUUUUAAGUUUCAAUAUGAAUUUAAUUGCAGUGUUUUUUUACUACUCUGUCAUUUAUUUUGCACUACAUGUGGGAUGAAAUAGAGACACUGAUGUCCACUGGGAUUGGAGCAUGUACAUUGGGAUAGGCCCAUGGACUUAAUUUCUGCAUGAGGUCUUGCCCCAGUGGGUUUUUGUUUGAGCGAGGGGGUAGAGGGAGGGGCAGCAGGCAGGCUGGUGGUUAGUUCAGUUUUGUUUUUUAACAUAUGUAUAUAUAUUUUGUAAAUGAGUGACAAACUGAUCUACAGCUAGGUAUAUUCACAAUGGAUUAUUUUAAAUAGAGGUAAGAAUAUGACCCAGAUCAACAGAAGACAGGUGACUCUGGCAGUACUUGAGUGAAUAUUGUCACUCAAAGGGAUGGGAUUAUCCUUCACUUGGAAUGACUUGGGCAGGCUCUGGCCCUGGGACAGCAAAUCCUUAAAACCAGCGUUGUUGUUGGAAUUGCACCAUCAAAAAUUCCAGGCCCUCUCUGUUGGGGUGAGCUCCUUCCAGAGGGUCCCUGGCACUGUCGGAGCACCCCUGUCUUCUCUUGAUUUGAGCUUUUAGCAGUGAAUAAUUUGUUAAUUCUGACCACUUACUAUUUACCCUGGUAUCACAUGUUUAUGCACUGAAGGUUAAAUAUGUAUUUUGAUACUUGUUUGUUUAUUAUGUAUGUGCUGGUCUGUAAAAUGAGAUAUUCCUGUUUUGGUAUGUAUACUAGGUCCCCAAAUGAACAGAAAGGCUUCUCUAGAGCCCUUGCACACUGUUGAGUAAAUGCAGGUUUGUUGAGCUUAGCUGACCCAAAUUUUGGAUCCAAAGAGUGAUGGUCAAGUAGCCACACUGACUACUGGCUACUUGGCAGAUUUGACCCUAAAAACAGGAAGACGUCCUCAGUAAGUAUGUGCAGAGCACUGGAAUUUCUGUGUUCAGCUGUUCUCUCUAACGUUGCCUUCACCCUUCCCAAAAUGAUGCAAAACCAGCAUAGUUCAGAAGACAGGCUAGUGGCCUUAAUGUUUUCUGUUUGAAGAAAAGGCUGUUUUAACAACUCUUAAAUGCCUUCGAGUCCACAGUUUUUCUCCCCUUGCCUCCAGAUUUACAAAUCACCCCCAAAUUGAAGGAAGCCUUCUUUCCUGUGGACUGCAGCUUGUACAGCCACAUGGUUAAGCCCUAAUAAAAGAAGGCUGUGACACCAACACUGAUGUGGUCCAGCACUGAAGCCAGGACAGAGUCCUGCUGCAGGCUCCUGAGGACAGGGCUGUCAGCUACAGACACGGUGUACGGGUGUUGUUCUGCGCCUGCAGCGUUGGCAGCGCACUGAAGAAAUCCUCAUUCUUUAAAAAAUUCUGCAGUGGGCAGGCUAGGCACAGUUUACAUUUUGCAAUCAAACCACCACAGCCCUCUGACUUAAUUCUGUUCCCAAAAAAACACGUUUUUGUUUGUUGGAGGUGGAGGGGGGCAAACACACCUCCUCAUAUUCCCUUUGGCAGCUGGUGCUGUGGGCAACUGUGGUGUUCAUGUGGGAAUGGGGUUUUUUUCCAUUUCAUUCAAGCUUCUAAUGCAAAUACUUGCUUUGUUUUCCAUGUAAAAAUCUGUUGAGCAAAAAUAUAUUCAUGUACACUAACAUUAGUAGACUGUAUUCUCUGCAAGUACCUCACAUGUCUUCUCCUGCCUUGUUCUUUGUAGUAAACUUAUCCAUGUACUCCUAACAUUCGUAUGUAGUGUGCAACUGUAAUGUCAUGCUUUUGAGAGGGGUUGGCUGCCUCCAGCCAACAUUCAUCAGUUCAAUAGCAAAACACUUUAGAUAAGUUAUUUUGCACUUUCUUAUGUAUAAAAUUGGUAGAAACUUAUAUUUGCGUUAUAUCAUUUAAAGACUCCUUUUGUUUUGGUAAAUGAACUGUGUAUAAAAUACUUAUGCAGUUAAAACUGUUUUUAGAAAGUAUUUUUAAUUUCAGCAAGUUUGGUUACUUGUUGCAUGACUAUUAACACAGCUGACUUUUUGUGUCAGUGCAAUGUAUAUUUUUUUUGUCCUGUUAUUAACUUGUAAGCCCUAGUUAAAUGGCCAUUUAUUUGUACAGCAUCAGGAGUAAAUUGAAGAUAACUGGCUAAGACUGGAGUGUGGAAUUUUGUACUAUAUUGCAGAAUCCAGUAUCUGUUUUUUGGUGGUUACGUUAAAAGGCCUGACGAUUUACUAUCUAGUGUGCAAUCUGUGAUAUCUGAAUGUUCAUUGUAUAUUUGUCUCCAAUGCAAAAAGGUAGAGUAACACAAUUACAACAAUACAUGAUUAAAUGCAAUAGUUCAGGUACUGAAGUAUUUUUUUUCCAUUUCAAAUAAAUACCUGCUAUUUACGACCAAAAAGCUGUUUUGCAUUUGUUGGAAAGACACAUCAUUUGCAGUUGAAUAAACGUUUUUAACUCGGGAA